GUAUCAGUUGUGCAACUAUCUCCAACUCAGCUGUCAGUAGAUGUAUUCUCUGGGGGCAGUCACUUAGAGCUACGGGCAGAAAUUCAAGUGCGAGGCGUCCAUAACUCGGUGGAUCACCUUCUGCUGUGGAAUAUGAAGAAGAUGGUUGUUUAUGAAAUAACUUCUGAUGCUACUCAUCUUCGAGUUGUUGCAUCAUUCCCAUGUGAAGCUGAAAGUGCAGUCUUACACAGUAGUGUAUAUUCCAUUAGAGUGGCAGUAUUCAAGUCGUUCCUCAAGGGUACAGUGAAGCAGACCCUCAACUUCACAGAGAGUGGUGAACCAAUCGACCUUGAU